UGAAAUUAUAAAUAUUCUUUUAUUUUAAAUUAGAUAUUUGAUUUGAUUCAUAAACAUGAAACCGCCUUUAUUAUAGAGUAUUUUACUUUUGAUAUAGAUUUUUUUAGUGUGAUCACGAGAGUUAUUUCCAAAGACAUGUCUUUCUCUAUUGCACAUGAGUUUUCUAAUCACUGUCCAGUGUCCAUGUACAAUCAACAACUACUAAUAUUUAAUUAAAUCUUUAGAAGAUACAUCCAGCUUGCUACAACUAAGCACAAAUAUUUUCAUGUUUUUUUCUUCUCUAUUUUUUCACUCCAUAAAUAGCCCAUUUAGCCCCCACACAUAUUACAAAUUAAACAAUAAAAGAAAAAAAAUGAAAUUUUCUCUUCAUGAUAAAACACUUGUAUUAUCAGAGUUGUUGAUUUUUUACAUGAUAGUUGUUGUUUCAUGUCGAGGUCCAGUGUAUAAACCUCCAGAAACUGAGAAAUUAACCGAUUAUUUUAGUAGAUUAUCGGUUAAUCAGAGUUAUAAUGUGUUUUAUGGAGGUUCUAACAUUCAUAUGACAAAUAAUGGGUCCAGUGCUGAACUUAUCUUAGAUAAAUCUUCAGGUUCUGGACUGAUCUCUAAGGACAAAUAUUACUAUGGUUUCUUCAAUGCUGCACUUAAAUUACCUGCUCAUUUUACAUCAGGAGUUGUUGUUGCAUUUUAUUUGUCAAAUUCAGAUAUGUUCCCACACAACCAUGAUGAAAUAGACUUUGAAUUACUUGGGCAUGAAAAGAGAAGGGAUUGGGUUCUGCAGACAAAUCUUUAUGGAAAUGGAAGUGUUCACACCGGCAGAGAAGAAAAAUUCUACCUCUGGUUUGACCCAACACUGGAUUUCCACGACUAUACCAUCCUUUGGAACAAUCAUCACAUAGUAUUUCUUGUGGACAAUGUGCCAAUAAGAGAGGUGGUUCACAACACAGCAAUUUCUUCAGUUUAUCCAUCAAAGCCAAUGUCAAUUAUAGUGACAAUAUGGGAUGGAUCAGAAUGGGCAACACAUGGAGGAAAAUACCCUGUAAACUACAAUUAUGCACCCUUUGUAACAACAAUGAAAGGAAUACAAUUAGAAGGUUGUAUAAAGCAUCAAAAUAAUUAUGCUUCUUCAAUAGUAAUUCCUACAUGUUCUAGAAGAAGUACUUCAAGUUUGGACCCUGUUGAUGGUGAAGGAUUUAUGAAAUUAUCACAACAACAAAUGACAGGGCUGGAUUGGGCUAGGAGAAAACAUAUGUUCUACUCAUAUUGUCAAGAUACUAAGAGAUACAAAGUUCUACCACCAGAGUGCACUGCUAACUAAAAUAUUUGGUCUAAAACAAGACAGCUUGGUGCACAAAACAUCCUGUAUUAGCAAAGAACCAUUUGACCAAAUUCUUUCUAUGAUGUAAAAAUCUAUUGAUCUGAGUUCCUAACAUGUUCAACAAUGUUAAUUAGUGGUAUUCAAACUUUAUCUAUAUUUUAUACUUUUUCUUUUCUUUAUA